GCCGUCCGCUCCGCGCUCCGCUCGGUCGCCAUGAUGGGGGCGCAGGGGCUGGCGUUGGCGGCGCCGCGGGGCUGGCUGUGGGGGGCGGCGGCGGUAGCGGCGCUGGGCGUCCUGCUCGGGGCCUGGCGCUGGGCCCGCGGGACGGCCGCGGGGCGCCGCCGCCGCCGCCCGGGCCGGCUGCAGCGGGUGGGCACGGUGUCCAGCCUCUUCGUGUACCCCGUGAAGUCGUGCCAGGGGGUGGCGGUGCAGCGGGCGCGGGUGACGCCGAUGGGGCUGCAGAGCGGGGAGAUGCGGGACAGGUUUUGGCUUGUGGUCAAGGAGGACGGACACAUGGUCACGGCUCGUCAGGAGCCGCGUCUCGUCCUCAUCACUACCGGCUGUGAAAACGGCUACCUGACCCUGAGCGCCCAGGGGAUGAAGAAGCUGUGUCUGCCCGUGAAGCUGCCCAGCAAAAACCCGGUGCAGAACUGCAGGGUGUUUGGAUUGGAUAUUCAAGGCAGGGACUGUGGUGAUGAAGUGGCUCAGUGGAUCACCACAUUCCUGAAUUCAGAGCCAUAUCGCCUGGUGCACUUCGAGCCUUCCAUGGUGCCAAGAAAGUCAAAGGAUAUAAUAAACCUUUUCCGAACCACUGACGAGGUUGCCUAUCCUGAUUGCAGCCCAUUGUUGAUCAUCUCAGAAGCUUCCCUGAAAGACUUAAAUACCAGAUUGGAGAAGAAAGUUAAGAUACAGAACUUCAGACCGAAUAUUUUUGUGUCUGAUUGUGGUGCUUUUGAGGAGGACAACUGGGAGGACAUUCUUAUUGGUGACGUGGAGAUGAAAGGGACGGUGUGCUGUGGAAGGUGUAUUUUAACAACUGUUGACCCAGACACUGGUGUUCUGGACAGGAAGGAGCCUCUGGAAACACUGAAAAGUUACCGCCUGUGUGAUCCAUCAGAGCGACAUAUAUACAAAUCCAGCCCUCUCUUUGGAAAAUACUUUGCUGUUGACAAAACUGGAACGAUUCAGGUUGGAGACCCUGUGUACAAGAUGAUUGAGUAAAGGCAAACGAUUUUAUCAGAAGAUGACUUCUCACUUAGAUAUGUAAAUUGCUUAUCUGUUAACGCAGUCACUGAUGCAAAUUCGUACGUUUUUCUUAUUCCUUGCAGUGUUUUCAAUGCUAUAUUUCUUUGUAAGGUGAAGGGUUUCUUUUGAAGCUAUAAACUGUCAAUCAUUUUAGAUCUCAUCAUCAAAUAGCAUGUGUGUAGCAACCAAGUCUUCAGUUUUCUUCAGGGUGUUGUAGAAGGAAGCCUAUGACAGAAUAAACUUCUCAAUACUACUGUGGGUAUCAGACCUCCUAAAAUUUUACAUCAAGCCUGACAUCAGAAUCCAAGCUAAUUUUCAAGGACUUUGCUUCAUGUAAUAGAUACCUUCAGUGCCUAUGAAGAACUUUUACCCUUACCCGUUAUUCAUUUAGUUCUUUCCUCCCUGAUCUAACCAAAUGCCAGGAAUUUGUAUGAAGCUGAUAAUUGUAUUAUCUGUUAUGUUUUAUACUGCACAAAACUGACAGGGGUGUGAUGCAGAGGGAAUGAACUCUGGGUGGUAUCGGUAAUAUUUUUUUCUUUAAAUGUAGCUUAAUCAUGAAAAUGAAAAAAAUGCAGGUCAUCAUGAAAAAAUCCAAGCCUGUCAUCUUUUGAAUGCUUGGCUGCCUGACGCUUUGUUAUGAAUUGCUAGAUCUGGAAAGGGCAGUUGAACUGGCCAAAAUGAAGAGUAAUUAAAAGUGGAGGACGAGUAAUGAUUCGGUUUUGUGUUUGGAUUCGUUGUAUUCUGCUGUGAAUAUGAGAUUGGAAUUUUGCUGCACGUUCACAGCUCAGACCUGUAAGAUGAAGAGCCCUUGUGCCUUUGAGUAAAUUCAAACGGAGGUACCUGGCAAGCAUGAAGCAAGCAUAUGGGGAAGGUAGUUUUCUAUUAUUUGUGAGCUUCAGAAUUGCUCCAAAUAGCCUUUAUUAACAGAGUGCUGUGUAAGUACUUGGUUUUCCUGAGGUGGACGAGUACUCAGCUAGGUCUAUGCAUCAUGUAUCAGUACAUAGAUACGCCUAAUGCGGUGACUGGUGGCAGAAAGUGAGGGGAGAAGUGUCUUCUUUCAAAUGCAAGACAGUCCUGAGGUUCACUUUAAAACAGUGUUUAUUAAAAGUCCUGAAUAUUAGAGGCUGAAGCACAGUGGAAUUCCUGUUAGUACUAUUAAGCAAAGACAGCCUGCUGGACUGCCAAAGCGAUUAGUUAAGUGUGUCUGUUCAUUAAGUCAAAGAAGUGGAAUGAACGAGCUGAAAUUUUGCUUCUAGCCAAGUGUACUUUUUCGUUGUUAUUUGAGCACCGCUUUAGGAGUUACAUCACGCAUUGAGUGGCAUAGAUUGCCUUUCAUUCUGUGCUGUCAUUGAUUGGACUAGUUUUCAAAUGAGGUAGUUUUCUCAGUGAAAAACUGCAUCUCUGUUCCUGUUAGGAAAAUGCCAUAGAUCUAAAACCCUGAUUUAUCCCUCUCAAAGCCCCUUAGAAGAGUUUGGUUAGAAGGCUAAACUGAGUAUGCUCUAACAGAUUUGAUAAAUGAUGUUUAAAUCCGUUAUGUGGGGAGCUGAAGAGGGUAACUAAUGAAUGUUGUAAUAUAAAUAUAUCCUUGUAAACGUUGAACUGCUGUAACUUUAGGAAUUGUAUUUGAAUUCACUAAAGCCAUUUAGGAAACUGACUGCAAAACAUGUCACUCAAAAUACAAUAUUUUUGUAAUUGUGCACUUCAAGAUGUUAAUGUUUUUUCUAACGAUAAAGAAAAAGGAUAAAGUACAAACUUCUAUUGAAUCCUGGCUGUUGUAAAGAGUAAAAUUUGCUUAUCGUUUUUCUUUGUUUUCCUUUCUGAUGUUUAACUUCCGCUGCUGUUUGCUGGACUUUGCAUAUAAUUAACUAGAGUUUAUUUAAUUUUUUAUUUAUUUUUCCCUCUUAAGUUUGGGAAAGUAUCCAGUUAACCAGAGGAAGCCAUACACAUAAGAGAGCAGAAUCAUUGGGUGUAAGUGGUCCUUUACCUCAGCUUCACAGCUCUUAUGAUCAAGAUGAUGAAAAAAGAUGUUUACAGACCACCGUCUUUUCUCCAUAGACAUAAAAAACAGGGAAAAUUCUGAAAGUAGGAAAGUAUAGUACAGUGAUGUCAAUACAAGAGAUGUGAAAUAGGAAAUUCCCUAAAUAUGAAGCCAAGUCUUGUUUUAAAUCAUUUCUUGGGCCAGUGUAGUUGUUGCAAAACUGUGAGAGUGAAUAACAGUCCUUGGCUGGUAGUAAUUUCCUAGUUGUUCAGGAUUUGAGUGGGGUGCAUUGUAAGUCAAAACUUGCCCUGAAAAAGAAGAACUGUGUUUUUGCAUCUGAAGGAGGAAAAAAAGCCCUCCAGAGGCAUUGCUCCACUUUGUAUGGGAAGAAGAGAGGUCCUUGACAUUUGCUACUCCAAGCAGCAAAGGUGUUUCAAAAAAGGAUUGCCACAGUGUUCAUUUCUGGUUUCUUCUAGAAACUUAAAUCGUCUUAUUCUCAUUUUGAGGUCUUUCAGAAAUUCCCUGCA